GCCGUUCGUGCACUAGCUUAUCUUGAAGCAAAGAGUUUGGAGCUCAACGAUGAAGAGAAGCAAAAAGUGGCAAGUAAUCCUGUCCCUAUUAUAUAUCCAGAUAUGAUACAUGCUACUGCUGUGUCUAAAAUGUUUCAAGACAUGUACGCCGCAGCUCCAGAGCUGGAACCGGCUGGAAAAAUGCUUGAGACAAUGACGGCGGACAUCGUUGACUUGGAGCUGACAUCCACUUUAAAUAAAGAAUUAGGUAUGCAAGACGUCUUUGUUCACGGUGAUCUCUGGUCAGCGAAUUUGAUGUGGACGAAUGCAGGAGACGGUUUGAGACUGAGCAAGAUAGUUGAUUACCAACUGGCACACCUUGGAUGUCCUGCAGAGGACCUCACUCGUCUCUUCAUUAGCACUAUGAGCGGAAAAGAUCGUCGAGAAAACUGGGAGCGCUUGCUUGAAGAAUUUCACGAAUAUAUGCAAAAGUACUGUUUAAAAGACCUUCCAUUCUCCCUCGAUCAGCUCAAAGAAUCUUACCGACGGAUGUUUCCUAUAGCAGGCGUGCUGUUACUACCUGUUCUCGAUAUGGUCGCCAAGCUUGGUUUGAGCAAGUUGUCUGAAGAAGAGAAGACACAAAAGCAGAUCGUGCUGUCUGAAAAGACACUUGCUCUUUUUGAAGAUAUUCUUUUCUUCUCAAAACGAAAUCAAGAUGUUCGACCGAACAAGAACAACUCAACAGCUCAUCCCACCGAGAAAUUGUCGCUCAUUUUCUUAUCGCUUGGUGUAGGCAUUACUGUUUUAUAUUGUCUUUUACGACUGUUGACAAUUUGA